AGUCCUGAACAGGUGUACCAGCUCCUCCCCUUCAGUCUUGCACAGGUGUACCGUCUCCUCCCCUUCAGUCCUGCACAGGUGUCCCAGCUCCUCCCCUUCAGUCCUGCACAGGUAUCCCGCUCCUCCCCUUUAGUCUUGCACAGGUGUCCCGGCUCCUCCCCUUUAGUCUUGCACAGUUGUCCCAGCUCCUCCCCUUCAGUCUUGCACAGGUGUCCCGGCUCCUCCCCUUCAGUCGUGCACAGGUGUCCCGGCUCCUCCCCCUUCAGUCGUGCACAGGUGUCCCGGCUCCUCCCCUUCAGUCGUGCACAGGUGUCCCGGCUCCUCCCCUUCAGUCGUGCACAGGUGUCCCGGCUUCUCCCCUUCAGUCUUGCACAGGUGUAC